UCUUUACUUUCUCUUUUGUUCACGUUAUGCUUUGGUGCGAUGCGAAAUGGCAUUGAAGGAAUGACGGUAAACCCCCUAUGUCAGAUCGUAUUGUCCUGGGACCUCCCAAAAUGAGUUUUGCGUCGUCAUCCCUUGGCGGACUAAAACGAUCGGAGGACAGCCUCUCUGGACUCAAGAAAUCGCUCGAGACUCCAAGGGAAAAUCGCACUCCACGCGGACCACCAAGCGCUCUGGAGCAGGGAUUUGGACGUGAAACGAUCGAGAAACUUUCAUCUCAUAAGCUUCCCAAGGUCACUCCUAAGGAUAUCACUGGACUCUUGAGUGGCAUGGACAGACGGCGGUUGGAUCCCUCAAGGAAUAGCUCUUCUUUGACAGGAUCGAGGACAUCUACCAACUCAACUACCUCCAGGGUCGGCAGCUUGACAAGGUCCUCAGGACAGCCUCUGUCUUCAUCCGCCACCUCCCUCAGCAGUAGCACCAAUAACAGUAAUAUCAACAACAGUAAUGGCAUUGGCCUUAGCUACAGAACCCAGCGCUCUGAUGCUCCAGAGUGGAUGAGCUAUAACCCAGAAUCAGAGAGCAUGACCAAAGAGUCCGAAAGCGGCGGUGAGCCUCAGGUGUUUGUAGAUGACAUUCAAGCUUGGAAGGCCCGCAUGAAGGAGCACGAGAGACGUGAGAAGGAAAAGGAGACAUCCACUCUAAUUCAGCGCGACAAUAAGCAGGAUCCCAGAUUACCCUCGAGAGCUGAUAGCAGCUCAUCAUGGCGAUCCAGCGUUUCCAUUACGGCUCAGAGCACUGAAGCUAUCGCUGAAGCCAAGCAACCAGUCGAGGCGAAGGCGCUUCCUGCAUUGGAUAAACCCCUCGGAAGAGCGCUGCUGUCAGGCGAACCCAUACAGGACAUCGACAUUUUCUUCAGUCCAGGAGGAAUCGAUCUCAGCAAGCCUUUCGAUUCUUCAUCUGCAUUCGACAAAUUUCUCUCCCAGCACGCCGUCGCGGUGUCGUCCUUUGACGACUCAGCAUUACAGAAACCUGCCCGGAAGGCAGAUGGGUCGCGCUUUGCCCGCUUCUUUGCUGAGGAUGAGCCUGAGCCUGUGAAGGAAUCCGAACAACCCGCACCCAUGACUCGCGAUAUGCCAGGAAAGCAGCUAUCGCUGGACCAGCUGUUUCAGGCGCAUGCACCGACCUCUGCCUCUGUUGCCCCUCCACCUCCACCACCAUUGGGACGUAUGCCAUCGGAAGCCGAGAUUUUAGAAUCUUUGAAGGUCAACAAGUCGCCUGUCCCGGCUAAGCCUGCGGAGACGAACGAGCAGUCUGAGGACGCUUUCGCCUUCAGUAAGAUCAUGGCUGCUCUCUCAAAGCCGCCAGUCAGCGACACCGAGACAGCGUUUGGCGUACAGGCGCUAUCUAAUGGAUCUCCUUCAUCCUCGGCAUCCAUGCAUUCGUCAGGAACGACACCAACUCUUCAUGACCCGUCUAUUGUCACGUUUCAGUCAAAGCCAACAUUGCUGGAUGCGCUAAGGAAGCCAGCAAGCGAAAGUUCAAUGCCACAAGAACCUGUCAGGACCACUUCCUCGUCAGCACCCUCUGAGAAUUCGCAAUCUCAGGGUUCGAAUGUCCCCACAGUGUCGGCUCCGCUCUCCACCACAUCAUCGGAAACUAUUCGACCGGCAUCUCGCCCUGUGCAGGUGGCAUUUGGUGGUGGAAUCCCCACAUCGGUGUACCGUCAACUGAGUGGUAAAACUGACGGACAAAAGUCAGCGUCACCUCUGAUCCGACCUCUAAGCUCUACAAAUGGCAGCAGUAUGAACGGUAGUGGGGCAAGCCCAUCUCUUUCUUCACCUUCCAUGAGUAGCCCACACCAAUUCAGCACCCAAGCUGGUAUCUCGACACCACAGCUUGGUUCUCAGCAGCAAAGGCCUCAGACGCAAUCAGCAAAUAUGCAGCAGCCAUCACAGCCGGUCAUUCAGCAACAGCCGCCGCAACAACAGCAGCCUAUGAACAAGAACUUCGGGCCGUACAACCAAGGACCCGGAGCUGUCCUUCAGUCACCUGUGAUGGAUCCUCGGCUAAGCGGCAUGUAUGGCAGUGGAGGACCAUCUCCUAUGGGUGGACAUGGCCACGGGAUGGAGAAUGACCCCCCAGGAUUCUUCAAUGGGAUGCCUAUACAGCGACCAGGCCAAGGAGUGCCGCCUCAGUUCGCUCAGCAGAUGCCGCCGUUCAGCCAACAGAUGCAUGUGAGCGGGCCGGGGGAUUUUAUGGCCCCACAUCCGUCGCAGUUUGUUGGGAUGCCUCCGUUUGGAGCGCCCAUGCAUCCGGGGAUGUUUCCAAUGAACCCUGUGGAGAUGUUGAUGCAUCGCGGGCCGGGUGGACCACCCCCACCGCGUCCUAUGCCAGGACUGGGACCAGGACCAGGACCUAACCAUUUCGUCCCCAAUAACUUUGGCCAUCCCAUGAAUGGUAUGCCGCAUCCUGGGCUCCCAAUGAACCCUCCUCCUUUCUUCCCGCCUCAGGUUUCGAAGCCGAUGAUGACACGGGAGGAAUUUGAGCGCAGAAAUAGACAGUGAUGCUCUAAUAAACCAGGAACAAGGGAGGAAGGAAGGGUGUUUGUGGGCGUUAUUUUGGAGCCCCUACACCUUUUCGAUCGAACUAUAACUAAACUGUACGUGUUUGAAGUCUGAUCGCCGGCUGAAUUGGAGGAAGAAGAACGAUCGCUUUGCUCUGUUCUGUUGUGGAUCACUAGGGGGUGUUUUCUGCGGUGCAGUCUUUUGGCGUAUGAUUGCACAUCGAUACGAGGAUCGCAGGGCGGGGGUUUUUUUA